AAUUAUUACUAAGAUUCCUCAUAUUCAUUGGCUGUCACUAUGUGCUCAACCCAUUUCUGCCUUGUAUAUAAACACACACUUCAAGAGAUGCUGGAGCAUUCAGCCCUCAUUGGAGCAAGCUAAGGCAUUGCAUGAAAAUGGGGAUUCUUGGAAAUGAAAACAUCCAACAUAAGCAGCAAGCAGGGGCCAAGGGAGGCAGCAGAGCAACCGUGUUUGUCUUUGCGAUGACAAUACUGGAGACGAUGGCGUUCCUUUCAAACGGAGUGAGCUUAGUGACUUACUUCUACGGUUACAUGAACUUCGGCUUAACCAAGUCUGCCACCACUCUUACAAACUUCAUGGGGACUGCCUUUCUCCUCUCUCUAUUCGGAGGAUUCAUCUCAGACACAUACUUGUCCAGGUUCAAGACUUGCAUCGUCUUCGGCUGCUUCGAAAUACUGGGGUACAGUCUGCUAGCAGUUCAAGCACACUUGAAGCAGCUGAGGCCUUUGCCAUGCAAAGAUGCAACGAUUGGAUGUGAAUCAGCGAGUGGCAACCAAGAGGCGAUACUCUUCACAGGGCUUUACUUGGUAGCACUGGGCACAGGAGGGAUCAAGGCCGCCCUGCCUUCUCUCGGAGCAGAUCAAUACGACGAAAGGGACCCUAAGGAGGCCGCGUCACUCUCCAGCUUCUUCAACUGGUACAUGUUCUCGGUCACAUUCGGAGCAAUGUUUGGGGUCACGUUUUUGGUGUGGAUAAGCACCAACCAGGGCUGGGAUUGGUCUUUCGGAGUGUGUGGCCUAGCAGUGGCAGCAGCUAUUCUGUUCCUCGCUAUGGGGAGAUCGCUUUAUCGGACCAACGUGCCAAAGGGUACGAGCCCCUUAGUCCGAAUACUACAGGUAUUGGUAGUAGCAGUUAGAAACAGGAACCUACCUGUACCAGAGAUAGCACAAGAGCUCCAUGAAAUUCAUGAUAAAGAAGCAGGAAACAACGAGAUUCUUCAGAGAACCGAUCAAUUCAAGUUUCUGGACCGUGCAGCGAUCCCAAAGAAGUCGAACUCAGAAGAUGUUGCGAGGUAUAGCGGUUCAGAGUCAUGGAGAGUGUGCACAAUCACACAAGUGGAAGAAACGAAGAUCUUAAUGCGGAUGCUUCCGAUCAUAGUGAGCACCGUUUUCAUGAACACAUGCUUGGCUCAGCUGCAGACAUUUACAAUACAGCAAAGCAUGACAAUGGACAGAAGUUUAGGAAGCUUCCAAGUUCCAGGCCCCUCAAUCCCAGUGAUCCCCCUUGUAUUUAUGUCCAUACUUCUCCCGGCGUACGACCGUUUCUUCGUCCCGCUGGCACGAAGGCUGACAGGCAUCCCGACAGGCAUUACGCAGCUCCAAAGGGUCGGAGUGGGUCUAGUCCUCUCCAUAAUCUCCAUGGCAGUGAGUGGAGUCGUCGAGACACAUAGGAAGAAGGUGGCUGUGGAGCACAACAUGGUGGACUCGGCGGGGCCUCUCCCGAUGAGUGUGUUCUGGCUGGGUAUACAAUAUGCUAUAUUCGGGAUGGCUGACAUGUUUACGGUGGUAGGGCUGCUGGACUUCUUCUACGCGGAGAGCUCGGCCGGGAUGAAGUCGCUGGGCACCGCCAUCUCGUGGUGCUCCUUGGCGUUCGGCUACUACACCAGCACUGUGGUGGUGAAUGUGGUGAACAAGGCCAGCGGGGGAUGGCUGUCGAGCAACAACCUCAACACAGACAGAUUGGAGUAUUUCUACUGGUUGCUUGCGCUCUUGAGCGUUCUAAACUUCGGGGUGUAUUUGCUAUGCGCGUCGUGGUACAAAUACAAGAAGCUGCAAACGGAGAAGGCACCGGGCGCCUCUGUCGAUUAUGUCGAGGAAAGAAUUGAUAAGAGUGUUUGUAGGAAUUCCAGCCCCUAAAAUGUUACAUAUGGAGAUAUAUAUACAUCACUCGUUACAGAAAAAUAAAUCAUCAGCAAACUGAAAUUACUACUCUCAAACAUGUUUGGUCAUGUAUCAUCUAAAUUUCCAAAGCAGCAAAUAUAGGGGCUGUAGUGUACAUAUAAAUGCAUAGAAAAAGUGAUUGAGAAUAGAGGAAUUAAGUAUCGCACGUUAAAAAUGUGG